AUGCAUUUGGCUGAUGGAUACAGGUUUGGGAUGGCAUCCGUCCCUAGUAACGGGACAGCCCUCAGUGACAAACAUAAAAAGGGUGCGAGGUCAAACAAAGUCAGAUUACCUUGUGACUUCAAGGCGUCAAGUUACACAUAUUUACUCAAGAUGCGCGUGCAGUUUGCGUUCCUGACGGUGGCGGUCCUGCUGAGUCCGUCCUCCGCGCUCUUCGACCUCCUCAUCAAGAAGCCCGGCAAGGUCUUCGGCGCCGGAGCCUACAAGAACACGGGCUAUACGGGCAGCCCCGGCUACGACGGCUUCUACGGCGCCAGCAGCCACCUGGGUUCUUCGAGUGACUCGGGCGUGCUCGGGGGAGGCGCCUCGGCGGGCAUCACCUUCGGCGGCAGCGUCGGGGGAAGCAUCGGGGGCGGCUUCGGGAGCGGCUUCGGAGGCGUUGGCAAUACCUUUGGGGGUGCGUCUGGUGGGAACUUCGGCGGUGCCUCUGGUGGGAACUUCGGCGGUGCCUCUGGCGGGAACUUCGGCGGCGCCUCUGGCGGGAGCUUCGGAGGUGUCUCUGGAGGCAAUUUUGGAACUGUAGGAGGUGGUCUGAACGCUGCUUCCGGAGGUUUCUCGAAUGGCGCCGCUGUGGCUGCUGGCUCGGCGGGAAGCAUCUUUAACUUUGGCGGGAACGGAGGUGCUGGAGGCGCCGGCGUAGUGGCCGGGGGCGUCAGCGGCGCUGCCUUAUGUCCAGCAGUGACGAAGCCAGCCAUCACUGAAGUGACGCUGACGCAGUUCUCGACCGAGUACGUGACGGUUCCCCAGCCCAUCACGUCAGUCGUGUUCAACACGGUCCCCUUCCACAAGACCCUCUUCGUCACCGCCACGACCCUCACGACCGUCACCGAGCCCGCCCAGACCGGAUUCUGCACCACCACCCAGGUCGUGUUCAGCACCGAGGCCGUGAAGCAGGCCAAGAUCGUGACCGUGACUAACCCACAGACCGUGACCAACGUCGUGCAGGACACCAAGACCGUCACCAACACCUUGACCCGCACCGACCUGACCACGCUCGUCCGCACGCAGACGCAGCAGGUGUGGGAGACCGUCACCUCUACCCACUACACGACCCACACCGUCGCCACCUGGCAGUACGUCACGGACACCGUCACAGCCACCUACGACGUCUGGACCAAGACCAUCAAGCCCGUCGCUCAGGCCAUCUGGGUAUCUACAACCGAACUGGUAUGGAACCCGGUCACAGUUACUACAACCAUGAGCAAGACCGCUUACAAGACUGUAUGGCAACAAUGUGGCGGAUACUAA